AUGAUGAAGGAGGAGACGUAUUCAAUUGCUAAUCUUUAUAUCGACGAACGAUAUCUAGAUGAACUUUGUCAAUAUGUACAACAAAGUUCUAUCAUUCAAUUGAAAACUCUAUUAGAUACAUUGACUGAUCCAUAUGAAUAUUUGACUAUUAUUAUUCGAUAUGAUCAAAACCAGUUAAAUUUAUUGAUGCUUGCGUGUCUUCAAGGUAAUAACAAGAUCGUUGAAUUUCUUUUAAAUUAUGGUUAUGCAAAGGAUCAGCUGGAACAACAAGGCGAUAUUAUUUUUAAUAAUGGACAACGAAUACAAGGUGCCAAUGCUCUUUAUUGUGCAUGUUUUCAAGGUCAUUUUUACAUUGCACAAAUAUUAAUUGAACUUGAUCAAGCAAGUGUCAAUAAAGGUACAGAUGAUCAUCUUUCGUAUCCAUUAUUGUUACAAGCGACAAUUAAAAAUCGUUUGGAUAUUGUUCGUUUUCUUCUUGAGAAUCAAUAUUCAGAUGUUAAUAAAACUCGAUCAUUUGAUAGUAAACAACGUACCGCUUUGAUAUGCGCAGCCUAUUCCAAUCAUUCUGCCAUUGUUGAAUACUUGCUUAAUCAUGGAGCUGAUGUUUAUUCCAUUAGUUCAAGUGUGAGUUUAUCUGAUACAGCAUUGAACUGUGCAGUACUGAAUCAAUCAUUGGAAGUAUUUUGUCUGCUUUGGAAGGCAGAUGCUGCUCCAAAGUCCAUGGAAACACCAUAUAAACACUUGUUAACAUUAGUAGUGAAACAUCAUUCUUACAAUAUUAUGAAUUUCCUCUUAGAACAAUCGUUUUGUACACCAGAUGAUCUUGAAUGGUCUAUUGUUUCCGAACUUUCCAAUCUCUCUCGACUUGAGACAAUCCAGACGCUUUCACCAUUUCUAGAAAUUUCUCUAAAACAACGACAAUCAAUGGGAUUACCAAAACUAACACAACCACCAAAAUCGAUCUAUGAUCAUUAUCAAGAAUGUCAAACAGUCGAUGAACUUAAGGCAAUUGUGAAUGAUCACGAACGAAUCAUUAUCGAAUUCUUAUUGAUUCAAGAACGUCUUUAUUCAACUAGACAACGUCAGAUUUUCACUAAUGGAUUAAAAGAUUAUAUUCAACGAUUGGCAUCAGCAGGAAAACUAGAACAAACAUUCGAUGUCUGUUUAUAUUUUAUUGAAAUAGAUCAAGGCGCAUCGAGUAUAUUUUUAUUAGUUUGGAUUUUAUGUCGAAUGAUGUCCAGUCAACAAAAAGUAUCGGUUAAUCGUUUUUUACAAACUGCUUCUUUCGCACUUCAACCAUGUUACAAUCAAUCUCGGGAGACAGAUGUGAAUAAUGCAUUGUUUUUAGUGAUUAUUGCUAGUAAAAUUCUAGAACAACACGAUAUUAGUAUAGUAGAAAGACAAUCUAUUUAUCGAUGGAUCAAUAAUCUCUGUCGACUGCGACCAACAACUGAGACUGGUGAAACAUUGCUACAUCUAUGUGUCAAUCAAAGAACAUCGAAUAAUCUUACUUUUCGUUCAUCUGAAACAACACCUCAUAUUCAAUUUCCUAAUCGAUCUGCUUUGCAAUUACUUCUAAUAUAUGGAAGGAAUUCGUUAGAUAUUAAUGCUCGAACUCGAUACGGUAAUACACCGCUUCAUAUUGUUUGUCAAAACACACCCGAUCCGACGAUCAUCGAAAUUCUAAACAAUGCUGAAUGUCAUAUUGACUGUGUUAAUAAUCAAAAUAAAACUCCAUUAGAUUAUUUGACAAAUCCACAGAUUAUUCGGAUUCUUCAGCCAACUCCGAGGCCAACUGCAUUGAAAUGUCUAUGUGCUCGUUUAAUUGGCGAAACAUAUACAAACAUUGAUACUUUUCAAUUAUUGAAUUCUUCUCUACAGAAAUUUAUUGGAUUGCAUUCGCGCUCUUCAAAUAACUGCUUUUCUUGGUGA